AUGUAAAAAAUAUAUUUUCCUGGUGAAUUAAUAAAACAUAAAAAUGAAUUAUAAAGUGGAAUUGGAACAUAUGUAAAAGAUGAUAAAAUAUAUGCAUCUAUGUAAGGAAGUCUAACAAUUAAUGAAUAACUAAUAUCAAUAUUCCCAUCACAUUAAUAAGAUCCUGAAUUAAAAAUAGGUUCAAUCAUAAUAGGAUAAGUUAAUUGUAUUAGAGAAGAUAGAGUUUUUGUUAGAAUUUUAAAAAUUAAUGGAGUAAAAGUUAAUAAUUACAUUGAAGGUGUAUUAAGGUAUUGAAUUAAUAUAAAAAAUAGAAAAUAAAACAUAAGAUUGCAUGAAAUUGAUUUGUUGGAAAUGAAUAAAUGUUAUUUACCAGGGGAUAUUAUAAAGGCUAGAAUGAUUUCAUAUGGAGAUUCAUUAAAAUUGUAUUUAAGUACAGCAGAAGAUGAAUUAGGAGUAUUAUUUGCUAAACACUAAGAAACAUAGAAAUUAAUGAUUCCAUUAUCAUGGGAUGAAAUGCUAUGUGUAGAAAGUGGUUUAAAAGAGAAAAGAAAAGUAGCUAAACCUAAUUUCAAUUAAUUGGUCUGA